CUCUCCUCCCUCCACCCUGUGACAGGGAAAGGUGACAGUGGGUGACAAGUGCCGGCCCACUCCCCCCUCCAGUGGGUAUUUCCCACCUGAGGAGGGGGCCUCGGUGUCAGAACGAGCAGGGAAUGGGUGAGCAGCAGUGUCCCAGUGACAGCCCCUCAGUGCGCUCCCUCAGCAUUGCUGUGGAUGAACAGAACGUCAUUCCAGGCGCCCUUAGCCUUAUCCGGGAGCUCAGACCGGACUGGGACCUCCGUCAUGUGCACACCAAGUUGUUCACUGAAGGCAUCACAAACAAGCUGCUUGCCUGCUAUGUGGAUACUUGUAUGAAAGAUGCAGUACUUGUGCGUGUCUAUGGUAAAAGGACUGAACUGUUUGUGGAUCGUGAUGAUGAGGUGACAAGUUUCCAGCUGUUGCGAGCUCAUGGUUGUGCCCCAGAACUGUAUUGUACUUUUCAAAAUGGACUUUGCUAUGAGUUCAUUCGCGGCUUGGCACUGGGACCAGAGCAUGUGCGCCAACCUCAUAUAUUACGCCUGAUCGCACAUGAGAUGGCCAAAUAUCACUGUAUCCCAGCCCAUAAUGGCUGUCUUCCAAAGGUAGUUCUGUGGCAGAAACUGAACAAGUAUCUAUCAAUCCUGCAUACUGAAGAAGAAAUCCAGGACAGCCAGCUAGCAGGGAUUCCCAGCCUGAAGGUGUUGGAAGAAGAACUUAUCUGGCUGCAAAAGUAUUUGCCUUCCCUAGAAUCACCUAUUGUUCUUUGCCAUAAUGACCUACUAUGUAAGAAUGUCAUCUACAGUGAUGAAGAAGGUCAUGUACGAUUUAUCGAUUAUGAGUAUGCUGGAUACAAUUACCAGGCCUAUGACAUCGCUAAUCAUUUUAAUGAAUUUGCAGGAGUGAAUGAGCCAGACUAUCGAUUGUUUCCUGACAGAGAGACUCAACUGGAGUGGUUACGGCAUUACUUGGGUGCCUGCAGAAGAUUAAAAGGAGAAGAGAGAGAGCCGGACGACAAAGAGGUGGACAAUCUUUGUAUCCAAGUUAAUAAGUUUGUAUUGGCAUCACACUAUUUCUGGGGUUUAUGGUCUCUUAUUCAGCACAGGUUUUCAGACAUUGACUUUAACUUUGCACAGUAUGCUGUGUCAAGGUUUAAACAGUACUUUCAUGUGAAGCCACAAGUGACUGUACUUUGGGACAUGUAAUAAAUUAUUGGAAGUGAAGCAAAAACUGGAAUACCUGGAAAUCACCCCCCCCCCCCCAAAUAAACACUACUGUUGGAUCAAUGACACUAUUGCUCCUCAGCCUGCACCUCAGAUCAGAAAAGCUGCCCAAUUCCCCAACUGUCUGAUGCAAUUUCUAGAACAAUAACCACCUCCAUUAGAAGUGUACUCAUUUUUUUGCAGGCGAGUGAUGUGCAUGUUUUUACACAGCAAUGUACUCAGAUAGAAAAGGUUAUAGGGGGAGAUUUAUCAAAACCUGUGCAGAGGAAAAGUUGCCCAGUUGCCCAUAGCAACCAAUCAGAUUUCUUCUUUCAUUUUUAACAAGGCCUCUGCAAAAUGAAAGAAGCGAUCUGAUUGGUUGCUAUGGGCAACUGGGCAACUUUUCCUCUGCACAGGUUUUGAUUAAUUUCCCCCAUAGUGCCCAAAACUAUUUGGUGCCAUUCUUAAAAUUUGUGACCAUUAUUCUAAAAUGGGCACAAACGCGGGUGCAAUUCUCAUGAUAUAAACAGAUACUGCCCAUUUGAAUUUUUCUUUGAUGUUAGUGAAUUUGGUUUUUCAAGAUAGGUCUGUUCACAUGCUUUAUUUAAAGGGGUACUCCGCCCCUAGACAUCUUAUUCCCUAUCCAAAGGAUAGGGGAUAAGAUGUCUGAUUGUGGGGAUCCCACCGCUGGGAACCCCAGUGAUCUCUCCUGCAGCACCCCGAAGUUCGCUCUGUGCCUGAUGACGGGCAAUACAGGGGCAGGACGGCAUAGACUUGCAUUGAGGGGGCGGGGCGUGAUGGCACGAGGGAGCGGGGUCAUGGCAUCACGAUACUCUGGCCCCUGUAUUGCCCAUCAUCAGGCAUGGAGCAAACUUUGCUCCAUGCAGCAGAUGACAUGGGGUGCUGCAGGAGAGAUUGCAGGGGUUCCCAGCGGUGGCACCCCCACGAUCAGACAUCUUAUCCCCUAUCAUUUGGAUAGGGGAUUAGUUGUCUUAGGGCCAGAGUACACCUUUAAGGGCAAUAUACAAUCAUGGCACCCCUGAAAUGUUUCUAGAAAAUGAAGUAUUUCUCACAGAAAAGGAUUGUAGUAAC